GCAAGCUUGGUUUGAUUGGAUUUUCUGCCAUCGGGUCUGCCCUAUCCGCUAUACCUUGACCUGCCUUGCUCAAACUACUGUGACCUUCAAUUCCAGUCCUUCCUCAAACUUUUCUCAUCUUCUCCUGGGCUCCUCUUGCCCAUUCCAUCUCCAUCGGUCUUCUUUGGUGAAAAGAGAAAUGUCGUAGGGUGUAGGAGCCUGUCCUGUUUGACCCUGUGAGCAUCUAUCUGCGCAUCACCCAACUUAGUGAAAAAGAAGCCCUUGCCGUUGACAAAGAAAGUACUUCAUUGAUUAGAUCCUCAACACCCUGGAACACUUUCUUGAUUUGUGUGUCCUGAACAACAGUGGGGAUGGAGCUGAAUUUUAUCUCAGGGUGCUUUACACUCCUAUCAGAGAAAGGCCCAGGUGGGUCCCAGCAGCUCUGAAAGAGAGGCUGGUGGGAGGGGAAGCCAUUGGAAGCUAGUCAGUCUAGACGCUCAGGUGCAUCUGUUCAGGUAGAUGGUGCUGCAGUCCCUGUCCACACUGCUUCUGAUAACUGGUCUUCAAGUACAAAAACUCACCGUGGCUCUUGGUUGGUUCUUUAACAUUCCACAUUGUUGGGACUACAAGGGACUCACUUGCACUGAGACAUUCUUUUUAUCCCGGAGACCGGAGAUCGAUCCUUUCUGUUAACUUUUGCUACAGGGCAGUGCAAGCCUGAUGAAGUCCUCCGAUAUCGAUCAGGAUUUAUUUACAGACAGUUACUGCAAGGUGUGCAGCGCACAGCUGAUAUCUGAGUCCCAGCGGGUGGCCCAUUAUGAGAGUCGAAAACAUGCCAGUAAAGUCCGGCUAUAUUACAUGCUUCACCCCAGGGAUGGUGGGUGUCCUGCCAAGAGGCUCCGAGCAGAAAAUGGAAGCGAUGCUGACAUGGUGGAUAAGAAUAAGUGCUGUACACUCUGUAACAUGUCCUUUACCUCAGCUGUGGUGGCCGACUCACAUUACCAAGGCAAAAUCCACGCCAAAAGGUUAAAACUGUUGCUAGGAGAGAAACCUCCAUUGAAAACCACAGCCGCACCGUUGAAUUCACUUAAGGCUCCUCGAGUGGACACGGCCCCCGUGGUCGCAUCUCCCUAUCAAAGAAGAGACUCAGACAGGUACUGCGGUCUCUGUGCAGCCUGGUUUAAUAAUCCUCUGAUGGCCCAGCAACAUUAUGACGGCAAGAAACACAAAAAGAACGCAGCGCGGGUUGCCUUGCUAGAGCAGCUCGGAACGUCUCUGGAUCUGGGGGAACUCAGAGGUCUGAGGCGCACUUACAGAUGUACCACCUGCAGUGUGUCACUCAACUCCAUAGAACAGUAUCAUGCACAUCUGCAAGGAUCAAAGCAUCAGACCAACCUGAAGAAUAAGUAGUGACAGCAUCAAGCAAGAGCUAAGAAGAGACUCCAGCAUUUCUCGGUGGUAGAGAACUGCUCACCAACCAAGAGAGGAUCCAAAAGAGCAAUGAACAUUUCUUCCAAGGAUUCACAGAUUAACACAUGACCAGUAUUGAGUUUUGAAAGUAAAUAAGAUUUCCUUUUCUUCUUCUCAUUUAGUGGCAAGUUAUACUUGGAUUUAGAAGAAUCCUCUUCUGAUAACAUGUUUAGCACAAAUUUUAAACUGCAAUCACACACAGCAGCUAGUCAGAGCAUUAUUCAAACUUACAAAGAGUGGAAAAUUUAAUUUCCAAUUUCUUCUAGAUUUCCGUAGAGUUGCAAUGUUUAUGUGAGAACCCUUCAUGAUUAUCAUGUAAGCCUCCUAGAUCCAUUAACAAAUAUACUUUUGUCAUCAUGGGGAACAUAGUUGGUGAAGACAACCACAAAAAAAAAAAAACAGAACAAAUUGUGGUUUGUAGAAGUUACAUAAUGAACAGAAAACCAGUCCUUCCUGCUUCACACUGAUGGACCAGCCUUGCCUCUAAAUGCCAGGAGCAUGAACGCAGGUGGGACCGGAGAGGAAGGACCCUCACUCUGGAUCACCUUAAUGGAAAGCGUCUCAAGACAAAGCCAAGUUCUCCUUGCAAGCUGCCAGAUCAUAGCUUAGGAAAAGGAUUACUUUGAUUGCAUGAUGAUCCUAUUAAGUAAAAAUGUUUUCACAGCGGUUGACCUUGAUGUACUGCUUUUCUAAAGGUAUCCAAAGGAGAAUUUUAAACCCCAGAGUGAGAAGUAAUUCUUAGAAAGUUGACCUGGAUUGUGGGCUUUAAUUUGGGGCAGUAAUGAUUUGGUGUGUGUCGGGGGAGGGAGAGAAUGAUUAAAUCCUGAGGAAGUUUCCUUCCCCUAUUUCUCUUCCAUCUUGUUGCUGAGCUGGGAUUCAGUGACUUUGAACAGAACUCCCCUGGGAAGAAGAUGGACCAGGGAACUGAUGCUCCUUGAAGGGAUCAAGUCUGAGCGCAACUGUGAAAUCCCUUCUCCAGGGCUAAGUGCUCUGUGUUGUGCUGGGAAGUGGUGCCUUGCAGUCACUGCAAGACAGAUGCAGAACUUCCUUUCCUGGGCUCUCAGCUGGCUGGAGCAGCCCUUUACACCUUGUGACCACCAAUCGACCGUACGUCAGACUUUUCCAGACAUCAACGCUUUCCACAGAGAUCUGAGGUGGUGACAGCCAGUGAGCAAUAAAUGAAAUGACACGGAAAUGCAGUGUUGUUCUUAAGGUGCCUGUUUGGUUGUGUGAGGAGGUCACAGUCCCUAGGGACCAGACCAUGGCUGCAAAAAGGAAGGUCACACACCGUAUACAGUCAUGCUGCAGGUGGUAAGCAAGAGGGGUGUGGUGACGACAAUUUUAUUUUGCUAUUUUAGAAAGAAGCACACAGAGCUAUAGUCCUCCCUUGAUGGCUUUUCUUCGAAUGUGUGGAAUAAAGCUUUAUUUGUCAAUUCUGCUGUAAAAUAAGCAUAGUCUGAGUUUCUUUUUAAAUCUUUCUCUGUUUCUGUUUAGUGCCAGAGCUCUCUCCCUGAAGUGUUGUAUUUAUUUUUUUUAAUGGCCUAAGAUAGAAAAGCCUAUGAACAUAGAUUUCCUUUGCAUUACAGUGACGCUUUGCCAAGUCCUUUAUAGAUAAGCCUCCAGCUACAAUAAUCAGAUUAUUUCAGAGUGCCUCAUCUAAAUACCAUUGCUCUUUGGCAAGCUGCCACAAACACCCACCAGACAUUUUCUUGGUUUGAUUGCUCUCAAGUUUAUUCAUGUCCAUGCACAUGAGGGGAAUGUCAUCCCAGCUUGCUGUGGGGAUCACAUGGCCAGACUACUACCUGUAAGAAGGCUUGAAAUGCUACUGUGUUCUGGGGACUAUAGAACGGACACACCUUUCCUCCACCAACUGUGCUAUUUACUUUUUCUUUAUUGUGGCUAUAAGGUUAAUUAAAUCUUUCCAGUUUUGUUAUGACUGGAUAGGAGUUGGGUUUAGAGCAAAUGUUUUUCAGGGGCCCCUUGAUUCUCCUGGAAAGAAAAGAGACAAGUGCAAACCUGUCUGUGUCCCUGUAACAUGGAGCUCCCCUAGGAGAGAGCAAUGUGAUUACAAUAAGAACCUUGGGUUAUUUCUGUAACAUUUGAGGAGAACAUAGAAAAAAGUCAUCUAUGAGAGAGGAGAGCUGUCCAUAUGGCUGUGUCUAAAGUACCUUGACUAUUCCAGAGUACAGAGUGAUGUCAGCUAACCACAUUAAGUUUUCUGGCCAUAAUGAGCAAAACUCAACACCUACUGGGCUCGUGUUAGGUUGAGAUUUCUUUAAUGGAACAGUCAUUAGCCAUUGAUCUAGGCAUCUCCCUGUUUCUCUUCCUCCUCUUUUCAUUCCAUGAUAUAAUCUCUAGAAUGGAACAUGCAUUGUCCACGUGCUCCACCACUGAAUGCCAUGCUUAGGUGUGAUUCCUCAGUAAACUAAAUCACCCCUUAGUCCUGGCCCUACAAUUUGGAUUUGCUUUACAAAAUUUUCUUCCCCUUUAGUAAGGGUAUAAGCUUGAGGCUAGCAACAUGUGCCAGUGGCCACAAAUGCCAUCAUCGUGAGAUCCAAAUUAACGAGCUCUCCUUAUACAUAGUCUCCACAGUCCAGUGAACUAAUAAAUAUGCUCAUAAAGCAAUCAGCUAAGCAGCGAGUGCUGCGGCGAUUCCUUCUGCUGAUAAAGUAGCCAUAAAACUCUCAUCCAUUGCUGCUGGACUAAAAGACCAAUGGGAAUUGGUCUUUCUUGGCCCCUUAGAUGACAGAGACACAUAAAUUGGAACUGCAAAGAUCUUCACACUGACUGUUGGGGUGAGUUUAUUAGGCCAACUGUACCAAAAAGAAUAAACAAUGGAACCCACAUAUAACACUAGCAUUCCUGUGGAACUCCCCAGGUAGAGAGGCCCCCUUUCUGUCAAAGCCGAGUGAGACAUUUUUGACAAGGCAGUGGGAACACAGGACACUAAACGCCAAUAAGAGGCCGCCGGGUUGUAAUGACAUUCCCCACUAAAUAUCUGUCUUUCUCUUGAUCAGCUUGUCCAGUGAAUUAUUUUUCUUUUGUAAGAAUAAAACUAAGAGAAGUCUGUCUGUCCAACAUAUUAUUGUAGGGGUGGAUGUUCUCCCUACCCCCUUCUGGUUUUGAAUUUGUUCAUAUUCAAGGCAUGUUAAACUACCUCAUAGGUUUGUUGUGUGGAUUAGCUGAUUAAUAAAUAACAACUGAUUAAAAUACAAAUCUGUACGUAAA